AAGCUUAAAAAAGGUCUCCAAACAAGUACUUAGAGACACACCACCUCCAACCAAAUUGCUUUUUCUACACUUUCUACUACCAUUAAUUCAUAGGAGAUAGAGCCAUACACCACCUUACCAAGUUAUCAAUAGCAAUACCUCAUCCCAAAUCCAAACAAAGCUCAAAACAAAAAGCAAAAAACAAAGGGGAAAAAAAAAGGGAGGUCUGUGCUUUGGGGACUGCAAGUGCAAGCUUGCUCGCAACUCUCAAAGCUGUAUUGUAUAGCGAAAAAUAUUGCUGUAUUCUGCUUCUUACCCACUACCCCAAAAACCCAAACACAUGCUCCUCCAUUACAUUAAACUUUCUCACUACCACCACCUCCUCCUUCACCACCACCACCACCACCACCACCACCAACAGUAUCAUUAUCUUCUUCAUCUCGUCUUUCUUCUUCCUCAGAGUCUGCAGUAGAGAGACUAUCUUGCUUGAGGAAUUCAAGUGAGCCAAGAUGAUUAGUUUAUUAGACUUCUACCAUGUCAUGACUGCAGUGGUUCCACUCUACGUGGCCAUGAUCUUAGCUUAUGGGUCGGUGAAAUGGUGGAAGAUCUUCACUCCAGACCAGUGCUCCGGUAUAAACCGAUUUGUUGCUCUCUUUGCUGUUCCUCUUCUCUCCUUCCACUUCAUCUCCACCAACGAUCCUUAUGCCAUGAACUUCAGAUUCAUAGCUGCAGAUACCCUUCAGAAGAUCAUAGUCUUGGCAGUGUUAGCUGUGUGGAGUAAUGUGAGCAAAAGGGGUUGCUUAGAAUGGACUAUAACACUCUUCUCUCUUUCCACGCUUCCAAACACUCUGGUGAUGGGCAUUCCUUUACUGAAAGGAAUGUAUGGAGAGUAUUCUGGUAGCUUAAUGGUCCAAAUUGUUGUACUUCAGUGCAUCAUAUGGUACACUUUGAUGUUAUUUCUGUUUGAAUAUAGAGGUGCAAAGAUGCUCAUCUCUGAGCAGUUCCCAGAUACUGCUGGCUCGAUUGUGUCCAUCCAUGUGGAUUCUGAUAUCAUGUCAUUGGAUGGAAGGCAAGCCUUGGAAACUGAGGCUGAAAUUAAGGAGGAUGGGAAGCUUCAUGUCACUGUGAGAAAAUCAAAUGCUUCAAGAUCAGAUAUAUUCUCCAGAAGGUCACAGGGGUUGUCGUCUACCACUCCACGGCCAUCGAAUCUAACAAAUGCAGAGAUAUACUCGUUACAGUCCUCACGAAACCCAACUCCAAGAGGGUCCAGUUUCAAUCACACUGAUUUCUACUCAAUGGUAGCGGGUGGGCGCAAUUCAAACUUUGGUUCUUCUGACGUGUACGGCCUGACCACUUCAAGAGGCCCAACGCCGAGGCCUUCCAAUUAUGAAGAAGAUGGUAACAACAACAACAAGAUCAGAUUUCACUACCACGCUCAGGGUGGUAACCAUUACCCGGCACCCAACCCAGGCAUGUUUUCGCCGACUGGGUCCAAAAAUGUUGCUUCUGCUGCUGCUGCUAAGAAGCCUAAUGGCCAAGCUCAGCAGAAGCCAGACGAAGGAACUAGGGAUCUUCAUAUGUUUGUUUGGAGUUCAAGUGCUUCUCCUGUUUCAGAUGUGUUUGGGGGCCAUGAAUACGGAGCCAAUGAUCAGAACGUGAAAGAGAGAAUGGCAGUGUCUCCCGGAAAAGUGGAGGGUCACAGAGAGAAUCAAGAAGAUUACUUGGAGAGAGACGAUUUCAGCUUUGGAAACAGGGUGUUAGCCCAAGAGAUGAAUAACCACGAAGGUGAAAAAGUGGGAGAUGGAAAAGCCAAAGCCAUGCCUCCAGCUAGCGUCAUGACUAGACUCAUCCUGAUAAUGGUUUGGAGAAAGCUCAUCAGAAACCCCAACACUUACUCAAGCUUAAUAGGCCUUAUUUGGUCUCUAGUUUCAUUCAAGUGGAAAGUUCAGAUGCCUGCUAUUAUAGAAAAGUCCAUUGCCAUACUGUCAGAUGCAGGGCUUGGCAUGGCCAUGUUCAGUCUAGGUCUGUUCAUGGCUUUGCAACCAAGGAUCAUAGCAUGUGGAAAUUCCAUAGCAGUUUUUGCCAUGGCCGUGAGAUUCCUUACAGGCCCAGCUGUCAUGGCAGCUGCUUCCAUUGCUGUUGGGCUUCGCGGAGUCCUCCUGCGCGUUGCCAUUGUCCAGGCAGCUUUACCCCAAGGAAUCGUGCCCUUUGUCUUUGCUAAAGAAUACAAUGUACACCCUGAUAUUCUCAGCACAGGAGUCAUAUUUGGGAUGUUAAUUGCAUUGCCCAUUACACUUGUCUACUACAUUUUACUGGGAAUAUGAAAAGAGGAGGAUGCAUACGGCUUGGCAUCUUAUGCAAAAAAGGCUCAGCCAGGUCCAUUGCUGCACCAGAAACUUGGACGGGGAAACCAGAAGGAAGAUGAUGAAGAAACUGGACCAUGGAUGGAUCUUUUCUUAUGGAUUGUCUCUUUUAGUAAAGUUGUAAAAUCAUGUUUGUAGUCAAUUUAAAAAAAAAAAAAGAAAAAAAAAAGAAGAAAAAAAUCUCUCUAGUUAAGUAUAACUUCUCUUCCUUCUAUUCCAAGAAUUUAUUCUAUUUUCAAAGCAAAAGAGAAAGAAAAGUGGUUGAUGUGAUGAUAUGCUCUUGCAUUCAAUUUACACCGAUGUUGUGUUUGGCCUCCAAGAAUCUUAUUAGUUCUAGUUGGGUUUGAAGAGGAUAUGCUUCCCAAGGCCCUUUUGAUAUUCUUGACUUGUAAACAAUUAAAUGUAGGGUGAUGGUUAAGGCAAAGGGCAGGAUGCAUAUAUAUGAGGUAUGUUUGUUCA